UUAUUAUGUCAUACUGGAGGAUCCCACGUGGCGAAAGCCAGUAUAACACCCAAAUUGGAAGACUUGGUCUCAGUCUUCUCCAAUGACUAUACUCCGUUCAUCUGUCAUUGCUUCCUUAUGCCUCUUUUCUCUUACCAGUGCUGCAUCCUCUGUAACACAAACCCCCCUCGAUGCGGUCGAGAACUUUUCUGACAAGUGGAGUUGGAAGGAUUGCGGCAUGGAGACGGACCCUAUUCGGAUCCAGAGCAUUGAAAUCUCCCCUGACCCUCCAUUACCUGGCAAGCCUUUGACUGUGAAAGUUACGGGUACUGCCAGUGAAGUCAUCGAGGAGGGCGCUACUGCAGACGUGACAGUGAAGUUGGGGCUUAUUAAGCUCUUGUCAAAGACUUUCGAUGUUUGCGAAGAAGCUCGCAAUGCUAACGCAAGCGUCCAAUGUCCGGUAGAGAAAGGCCAAUACGUUGUGGAACAGACAGUGGAUUUACCCAAGGAGAUACCCCCGGCCAAAUUCAUUAUUCACAUUGAUGGUUAUACCGUGGACGAAGAUGACCUGAUGUGUAUGGACCUUACUAUCGACUUCACAAAGAAACAUUUCUGGUAGCCACGGCAAUGUAAUCGCCUCAACGCUCUAUGUCUUAUGAAGACAGUAAUGACGUGUGAAUAAUCAAUCCGUCUUUCAUUCAACUAGGCUGUCACUGUCUAGGCGUAACGAUGCUACUUUCUUGUACUUGGUAGU